AUGUUGAGUGAAAAUGAAAGAAGUCUUGGAAGAGACAGAAACACGUUUAAAAACGGGAAGGGUGAGAGCUACAAGGGAGUGUACAUACCAGAAGCCUCCGUGUACGACGAGCAGCCUGCGUUUGCGGCGCCUAGAGAGUUUACUAUUUCGCAGAAGACCGUGACUGUGUUUGGAUACUCGCCCUCAAACUUGGAGCACAUACUGAGAAAGUUCAGAGACAUUGGAGAAAUAAAAGAGAUCAGCUACGGGAAAAACUGGAUGGAUGUGAAAUACGAGAGGGAAAAGUGCAUGUUUCUGGCUCUUCAGGAAAGCGGAGCCAUUAUCAAUGGCGAGAUGAUAGGAGUUGUGCAGAAGGCAAGAAAAAACAUAAAUGUUGGAAAGAUCGAAAAAAGCAAUCUUCUGAUACACAAAGAAGAGGGAGUUUUGGGGAGGAUUCUUACCUAUUUAUUUGGAUAG